CUCAUUUCAAAGUCAUUCAUCAUCCAAACAGAUAAAAUACCCAGUUUGAAUUAGAAACCAUGAUAGUCGACUUCCUGAUUAGAUUCGAUAAAGUUGAUUCCGAAAUAGACUCGUCAGCUUUCUUAUGGUGUAUUAUGAAGACGCAACAUCGGACUACAGUCAUUCGGAGUCGGUCACUGCAACAUUUAUUGGUUCCAGGUUUAUAAGUUUACAUCUGUCUCAGAUAAAACGAAGGGAUUUAAGAGUUGGUCAAUGUGAAAUGCUUUACUGUUUUCGGUUACUGCGAAGGAAUUUCUUUGAACGGUCUACAUGGUCCAAAGAAACGAUAACUUUUGACCCGGUUAAACAAACCGAAGUGACUAAGGAGUUGGUCACUGCGAAAGUUACUAUUUCGACCUUUUUACGAGUUUCUUUACGAAUAAUACCUCCGAUUCGGUCGAAAAGAAAAGACACUAUUUUGUCCUGUCACAAUCUGUGCAAUUUAUAGUACAUAAUGGCUGAGCCAGAACCGGAAAUCAGCGUUGAGCCAGAAACCCAUGUUGAGCCUGAGCCUAACGUUGAGCCUGAACCCAACAUAGAGCCAGAACCCACCGCAGAGCCUGGAAUGUUUGGAGAGCCAGAACCCACCGCAGAGCCUGGAAUGUUUGGAGAGCCAGAAUCCAACACAGAGCCUGAAAUCUUUGGAGAGCCAGGUCCUGAUGUCAACGAUGAUGGACCAAAUGAUCAUCUCUUUGGUAACCAGACGCCAGAUGCAGAACCGCAGUAUGACUUUUCCAGCACCCUUGGAAUCUGGUGGGAUCUUCACUGCUAUGGACUAGGGACAAUCUUCUUGUUCAUUGCCAUCUUCGCUGUCAGAUCAACCAUCCUCAUGCUACGCAGAAAGCAGGGCAGAGUAUCCACCACCAAACCGUUCCUCCUGUUCGUCAACAUCCUAGUGGUGAUUCUUUGUCUGCUCAGGGCGCUCUAUCUCUUUGUAAAUCCCUACAAUGUGUCGGGAUUUUUUCCAGUGGUAGUCAACAAUAUUCUCUUCAAUAUCCCGUUCCCAUGUAUGACGACUUGCUUCGCGAUGAUCCUGUGGGUGUUUCGUGAAGUCGGACAGGUCAAACUGACUGUGCAAUCCCGCAGCAGGAGCUUGAGGGUGCUUUUGACCAUAGCCGCCACUCACCUAGGUUUGGUGAUCAUCGCCAGCGCAAUAAUCGAACUUACGCGGAAUGAGAUCUUGUUAAUUGUGAUGUGCCAUGGGUUCUUCGUCGUCUGGGAACUAUUUCUCUGCUGUUCUGCAAUCGUUUUGAUGUACAGAAUCAGCAAGGCGAUCAAGGAGACGGGGAAAACUCUGGUCAGUAUUUCAACAAGAGGACGUUCGCCAACUCACAAAGACAACAAGAAUGAUGAGAACAUGAACAAACGUAAAGUGGAAGAGUCAAUGGAUGGAAACUGUGACAAAUCGUCUUCUGAUCGAACUCUUGACAAUACUUAUGACAAAAUCAAAAUCAGCAAUACAAAACUUACAAAUCCAUAUAUUAGGCCUAUUGAUGAGAACCCCGAUGAAAAGCUUGAUUACAAAGUCAGUAAAGCCUCCCUUAAGCAACAGCUUGAUCCUGCUUUGUUGGAUGUCGGGACAAUGGAAGAAGUCACCAAAAAGACAAGCACUAACGGAAAUUGCGACUGCAUAAAUUCUCUUGCUUCCGGUCCUAGUAAACCUAUUCGGUCAACAGUGUUCGGCGCUGCAAGAAACUUCCUCUUUUCCCUCUCUCGAUGUGGCAGCAGCCGAGACAAGAUGGAAAUGAAUGACACCAAAGGACUCUCCGUCGUGUCAUCUGAAUCUUUUGCCACUUCAAAAGAUGGCGACUCCCUUAAAACUACGGAUCACCGACCAAGUAGUUCCAAUUGUGACUCCAAGAAUACAAUGGACAUGAAAAUACACCAGGACUCUGAUCACAAGCUGUCCUUCGACCAGAGACAGAGCAUCGAAACCAAGCAAACUGGACCUUCGGGACAACUAAAGCACCCUCAACGAGGCAACAGUCGUUCAGCUCAUUCUACCUCGACAGACAUGGGCAAGAGAGCGAGACUGACGAGGAAGGUCACCCGUAUCACUGUGGUUACUACUUUGACAAGUUGCAUCGCAGCCAUCCUCAACAUUUUCUUCGUCUUGUCUGUGUUUCCCGGUACCCACAUCUUGAAGAAUUCCGAAUAUUGGCUGUUUGUCUUCUAUAACUGCUUCAGGGUCACUGAGAUUGCUAUGGCUUGUGUCAUACUCUACUUUGUAGCUCAACCCAUGCCCAAAUCAAGGACACAGGCAAGAUCAACUGUGAAGAAAUAACUUGUAAAGGGGGUGUACACCUAACUGGUCCACGAACAGAAUUUUCGAGCAAAUCGCAUUAUGCUCAUUUUCUGGAAAUGUGAAUGAAAAAGUAUCUCUUUACUAGAAGUUCAAAUUAACUGAAAGAAUAUUAAUAUAACAAUUUUGGAUUAUUGCAAGCCUCUAUUUGGAGUAAAGACCAAAUUUAUAUAGUUUGUAAGAUUGCUAUGACGUCAUUACGACUAGAUAUUAUUUGGUUUUUUUUAUGAUAAUGAUAGCAUAGUCACAGAUUUGAGCAAAGCUAUUUGUACGAUGAUUUAGAAUAUUACACAAUAUGAUAUUCCGUGUCUUGAUAUGAGCAUCAAAUGACGUUCUAUUCCAAACUCGGCAUUUGCAGACCGAUCGUAAGGUGUGCAGUGGCCUUGAGAUACAUUUCCCAACGUGUCAUUAACAUAAUAUGGAACUACUAUUCAUCUCCAGAAGACGUCAUCACUAUCACCUAUAGAUAGUUCGUCAGUUGCACUUUAAACAAAAAAAAUGUACCCAUAAGCAUAUAUAUUAAUAGGUGGGAACAAUCAUGUUACGAAAUAUGUAAAAGAUAAAAAUAAUACAUUUUUUCUUUCUUUCCUUCAGCAAACAGGCGUGUUUAUGUUUUACUAACCCGAUAAAGGGCCAAUUUUUACUCAUAAUGUUUUGAGAGCGAAUGUGAAAUCUCAGUUUGCAAAAUCUACUUUCUUAAGUUGUAAUAUUUUAUGUUUGUAGUCACUGGGACGGACUACAGAAGCUACAGGUAUAGGUACCACAUAUGUACCUCACUAUUACUCCGGAAACGAGAUGCUGAUUAUCUUGAACAUUAUUUUGGUCCGCACGCUGCCGACGGUAUACUUCGAUAAUAACAUCAAAUAAGAUAUUCUGUCAGUCAGUCGCUCCCUCCGCCUCUGGUCAUGCUGGUGGUAUAUUACAGAAUAGUUUCCGUCCGGACCUUAAGUGGUGAAAAAUACUAAAUCAUAUUCUGCUGUUUAAAAUAAUAUGAUCGAGAGAUAUCUUCAUUCGCUACCGUCGCUCGUAUGAUACUAUGUUGUAGAUGUAGUAUAUUUUUAAAUCAACAUGAUUCAGAGAGCCUGUUCAAGGAAUAGUAUUAGGUCUAAUUGUGUAUUUUGAUGAUAAUCACAUUAUGAUGGUUUUAGAAAGCAAACAAAUUAGAAUAUGCAGGGAUAGUGUAUUUCGAUGAUGAAACCAUCCUUCCUUCCUGAAAAGAUUAUUUGUCCUCAGUCUUCAAUCGCUUUGAUCACUAUUGUACGACCUACAUGCACCCUAUACGAUGAUUUUGGAAAGCGAAGAAUCUAUACCUGGUGAGGUAUAAAAUCCCCUCUCUGGUAACAACAAACACAAUAAUAAUAAUAACUCUAUAGUAAUGAUAAUAAUUAGUUUACUAAUUAAUACUUAGUAAAUUAAUGGUUAAUCUAUUGAUAAAGUAAUUUAUUGAUUUAUUGAUAACUGGAUUGAUAAAAUUAAUGGAUAAAUAAAGAAAUAAAUGGACAAAUAGAA